UUUGUCAUCCUUCCAGACGAGUUGCAAUUACAGUAAUCGCCGCAUACAAAUAACACAUUAAAAUAAUUUUCCAGUAAUUAUUCUCUUCAAACUUGCGGUAAUUAUAGUAUAUGAGGAAUUUCACACUGAGUAAAUAAAAAUGUGGUUCAAUAUCAUUCCUGGAUUUAUGAUAAUCGCCGUCGCUUUGUCGCUACCUUCUUAUAUUUCCUGGCCUUGCAAUUGGUUAUUAACAGGUCACUGGUACAGAAGAUCUAUGCUAGAUACAGAUGAGGUUCAGCACUAUUUGCGCGACUUACGUCUUGAAGAUCCAUACGUGGUUAAAGGUUUAGAAAAUAUUCCAGAUGAAGAGGAAGAUGAAAAGGCAGAUAAAAAAAAAUCUUGAAUGAGGAAUAGGUAUAUAUUUAAACGAAUACGUUUAUUAUAUUCUGUCUGCCAAUAAUUUGUUGU